UUCGUUUURAGUAUUUGACUUGGUUAAGUCAUUUAUUUUUCGUCACAUUUUAUUGAAUAUAUUUUUUUUACUUCUAAAUAAGUUAUUAAUUUUGAUUUAAAACUAUUACUUUUGUGUGGCAUCCUGACUGAUUUCUAAAAACUAAAAGGUAUAUAGUAUUUAUGACUAUUAAAUUAUAUUUCAAAAAAAAGCAUUCUUAUUUACUUGUUUUGUGAAGUAUAUUACUAAUAYUAUCAUGACUACUCUACUGGACCGUUURCAAGAACACCUGGUUAAGAAACGACAAGGGUUGAGUGAUGUACAUGAAACGUUAAAAAAAAUUACUGGUCGUGAUACGUUUGAUGAUCACUUAAACCAUGGUAAAUUUAACAAACGACCACAAGUAGGUGUAGAUCAAAAACCACAAUUCAGAGAGAUAAUAAAGAAAGAUGUUAAACGAUUACGAGAUAAUAAGCUUUCCUUUAGAAAUGAUAGUCAGAAUCGUAAAGUUUUUGUUAACCCUACAGAAUCAUCAAAAAUUUUCAAAAAUGGAAAUAAUUCGGGUAGGAUAUCAGCUAAGGAUCGUUUAGGGACAAUAGUUACUGAUGAUCAUCAGACACCUAUAGCGGAAGAAUACGAAAAUGAUGAUGAUAUGGAUGAAGAUCCUAUGCCCAAAAAAACCCUUCAAUCACAAGUUAUGUUGUCAUCUAAAAUUAUGAAAUCUCGCACUGAGGUAUUAGCUGCUCAACAAGGAGAUCAAGUGACUAAGGAACGGAAUCGACGAAUGUUUGGAUCGUUAUUAGGUACUCUACAAAAGUUUAAGAAAGAAGAAACUCAAUUAAAAGAUAAAGAAGAGAAAAAAGCAAAAAUUGAAAGAAGAUUAGAUGAAGAAGCACUGAAAGAAAAAGAAUCAUUAGUUUUAAAGAAGCGAGAGCUAUUUAUGCUAAGAAAACAGCAACAAAGGGACAUAAAAAAUAUAGAGAUUAAAAUGGGAUUGGUAAGAAAUUUUGAAAUAUUUGAACGCCAAAUAAAUUGCACAAUGAAUUUUAUUAAAACUGAAUUUGAUCCUUCGGUGUUUUACUUGCCUAAAAUACAUAACGAAAAGACUGAAAAAAAAUUGAGUAAGACGCGUUCAUACUUGAGCAAUAUCUUGGGCAAGAAGAGGAAUAUGGUUGAAAGUCAAAUUGAGAAGUUGUUACAACCUAAUGAUGAACAAAUGGAGUUUGAUGACAGAGUGGAAGAUGGCGAAGUAAGAGUAGCUGAUGAAGAAGAAGAUGCUGAUGUAGAUGAGUAUGAAAGACAUCAAGAUAAUGGAGCUUUUAACUAUGAUUAAAUAUAAUAUUUAAUUACAAGUAUAAUGAACUCAAUAUUUUGUGUAUUUAUUGUAAAUAUUGUUUUAGCACUUUCAACACUGUUUUAAAUAAUUAAUACAAACUUGAGUUGAGCUCAUUUAUUUGUAGAAUAAACUUUUUUUUAAAUACUUUUAUUUAUUUUGGUAUUUGAAUAUUUUACAAAAGAUUGGGAUGGAUUUACAUGCCAUUUUAGUUUCUUGUGUAUAAAAUUAAUAUUAUGUAAUUUAUCAUAAGUGUUAGUUAGUCAUUCAUUGAGUUUGUCUUAAUUUGUGUACCUUAAUUUAAACCUCAUAAUUUCUGUAUUAAAUUAAUUCGUUACUUUCUACAAUCUACGAUCUUUUAACUAAAUGUUAUUAUUUAAGUUAAAUUCUUAAAAGUAGAUUUAAACGCUUGUUGUUCAAACCAAUCUAAGACAAAA